AUUGAUAUAUUUUUCUUCUGUUUUUUUGGUUGUUCUUGCACUAAAUGCUUUAAAAAAACAUGUUGCGCGGAUAUCUGAACAAAUCGUGCAAGCGGUGCUUUUGAAAGAAACAUAGUUUUGUGACGUAAGAGAAUGUCAGCCAUGUUUAUGUCAUGACGCAUGCGUAUUUUCGUGGAUGAGAUUGUUAGUUGGGCCGGGGUUAAAAUUGUAGCCAUCAUUUUGUUGUAUGUUUAAUAUUUUUUCUGUUGUAUCUAAAACGUAUUGUGUGAUACAAUAAUGGCGAAACCAGAACAAGUUUUAAUAAUAGAGCCACAGAAUGAACUUAAGUUUCGAGGGCCCUUUACAUCUCCUGUUACAUCAUAUAUGAAAUUGACAAACCCACUCGACAAAAGAGUUUGUUUUAAAAUCAAGACUACUGCACCAAAGAAAUACUGUGUUCGUCCAAACUCUGGUGUUUUAGAUGCUAAAGGCGAUAUAAAUGUUGCAGUCAGCCUGCAGCCUUUCGAUUUUGAUCCGAAUGAGAAAAACAAACACAAGUUUAUGGUGCAGACCAUGAUUGCACCAGAUGGUGACGUGUCGUUGGAAACACUGUGGAAGGACGUGAACCCGGACAACCUGAUGGACUCCAAGUUGAAGUGCGUGUUUGAAAUGCCGGUGGAUCCUGCCUCCGCGGCACCGCAGGAGAACAACGUGGAAGCCUCUCCCGCCAUCCACGAGGAGAAAGUGAAGAGGGUUGGGGACAUGAAGUCUUCCCCCAAGGUCAGUGGUGUGGAAGGGGAGUUGAUGAAAGCAGCAGAAGAGGUCAAACAUCUGCGAGAAGAGGAGAGCCAGUUGCUGCAGGAAAACCUCCAACUCAAGGAGGAGCUGAUCAGACUGCGCCACAUGAGUGCGAACAUGGGCUCCUCCUCGGCCGUGCCCAGCCGCUCGACCGGGCCGCUCCCCGCACCCCAGCCGCUCCCCAUGAUCUACAUGGUCAUGGCCGUCGUCAUGGUGCUGAUGGGCGUGAUCCUUGGGAAGUUCAUUCUCUGAAUACCGGCAGUCUGCAACUCUCCUGCUUUCCUUUCUCUCCCACUUUCCCUUCUUCCAUUUCCAUGCCUCGUUCUUCUCUUUCUUGUCUGAUUCCUCUUUGUCGUGUACAGCUUGUAUUUGUUCUUGUACAGAGGAGAAAGGAAGGUGAUGUUCGAAACAUGCAGGGGAUUUUUUUUUUGACUCGUAAGCCGCACGGUGCCGUCUGGUAAUACUUUUCCCACCUUCCCUGAGUUUAAAAAACUUGUUUUCAUAGUUACUUUGAUGGCUAAAGAGCGUUUGUACAUAAAUAUGUUGUAAAUUGGAAAAGCGCUAUUUAAAAUUGUAACAAACAUAGAUUUUUUGUUUGAGUGUGAAUGAAAUGUUAAUGUCUGUGGGGUCAGUUCUCUUGGCAGUGGUUCGAUCCAUAGUAAAACCUUUUUUUACUUACACAUUUUCAAAUGCUGUCUUAAUGUUGCCAGUUUUUAUGCUGAACGUAAGGUUUUUAAUGCUAAAGUCUUUAGUUACUCCAUAAGUAAUUUUUCAGUCAAAUUGUAAAUGUUUGUUUUGUUCUAGGAUAAGAUCGAAGAAAAUUGAUGGAAAUUUUAGGAACUGUGUUCAAUCUAAAAACAAGAGUGCAAAAUAACAUGUUGGUACCAAGUUACGAUGUGACCUCAAGAUUUUGUUCUACUGGAAUAAAGAGCAAACAGUUAAAAAGUUUAUUUUGUUACCAGAAUGUUUUUUAUGGUUGCUUGAUGUGUAAUUUUUAAGUGUUAUUUGUUGAUGGGAGACAAAUUGAGGACUCCACAUAAAAACUUUAAAUACUAUAAUUCAUAGCCUUGCAGAGUUGAAACUGGAUGUUAACACAGUAUAGAAUUGCAUGCAGCUUGCAGGUAGGGCAGCAAUUAACAUAAUGUAAAUGUUACUACUAUGUGAACUCAGUAGCUGUCUUAAUUUGAUAAGUGAAUGUAUGGUAAUAAACUGUGUAAAUUAUUUAUCUGUAAUGGCAUACUUUGUAAAAAGAAUAGUUUUUUUCUAGAAAUGUCGGUUAUUAUACUUCGUAUAUUUAUGUGGUAGGUCACUGUGUUGUGGAUUAACAUAUAGUUCUGUCAGUAUGUUACUUUGCGUGCAAUGCCUUAAGUCACAUCUAAACUAAUGUGUUGCAUUCACACAAUCCAUGAUAAGGAUGGUUGCAUGUGAUUUGUGGUUGGUAAAGAUAAAAUUAUGUUUUAAAUAAUAUGUACGUAUAUUUAGAAGUAUGUGAUUAUUCAUGUGGCACAUGUAAUUUUUGUCAACUAUCUGGUGUAGCAUCCAUCUGGGUUUGUUUUUCUCAUAUGGUUUGUGUGAAUAAGAUUCCAUUUACCAUCUCGGGAAUGGGUGCAGGUAGUACAGCUUUGCGCUAUGAUCAAAAAAUGAAUGCAGUGUAUUUUAAUGAUUUAAAGACUUUACCCACGUUUCUAAUUUUUUCAUAAUGGAUUCAUUGUAAAGGCAAGGUGCAUUGGACAACCUGUGCAGAAAACAGGUAUAGUACUGUACCUUUAUUUUUUGACUGUCUUGGAAUUUGUUGGUAUAAAAUUACAUUCAGAGAUGGUUAAAAAUUUUCUGGGUCAGUUUUAGGGUAUGCUGUAACAAUUUUCAGUUUUCAUAGAUAAACUUACUGAAGCAAAAGACAAAUAUUGGAAUGCUCUUAUUUUUAUCCAUAUCUGCACCUUGUGGGUGUUGUUUCACAUUCUCAUUGUUUAUGAAGUCUGUAUUGUAAAAUUAUAAAGUUAUCAGUUUUAAUAAUUUAAUCAGUUUCCAUUGUGUUGUUAUAAACGUUUUCUUAGCUGUAGUGAUUUCUGAUUUAAGUAAAUAAGCCAAAUUUCAA